CAAGAAAGAUUUAGAUCAGUAGACAGAUUUGUACUUGAAUGUUCUGUAAACUUUGAAAAGGUACAAAAUAGUGAAAAUAUUGUGUACUUCCCUCUGGAAGAAGUUCUACGGAGAAGACAAGGCUGCAGCGCUUCCAUCUAACGCCAGUGAAGAAAUGGACAGCGUUAACGCAAAGGAUAAACUAGUUGUUGCUGGAUGUCUGUGCAUUCUUGUAUCAUGUUUAGCCUUGAAUCGGAAAACGAUGUCACUAAGAUGAAUGCCUUACAAGAAAUCUAGAAUGACUUUUGUUGCAACAGCAUGGAUUGUUGCAAAUCAAGAAGUCACUACUACUUUACAGGAAAAACGUUUUUCUAGAUGGAAUGUACGAAAAAUUGCACUUAAACAUGAAGUGAAGUGAUAUCUGAAAAGGUGUAUGCACCUAAAUGCUUUUAAAGAAUUAAGAAAGCAAGCUUUCUUACAUAGCUGUCGAACAAUUGCUUGUGUGCAAAACGUUAGUUGCAAAGUGGUUAUUGUGGCAAAAGUUAGAAAUACCUAAACCGUUAUGUUGAUGUAUGUUGUGAUUAUAAGUUGUGCAAGUGUCUGUGAGAAGAUCAAAGUAUCUGUAAUUUCGUAAUGAACCUCGUGGGAAAUUUUCAGUAUUGGUCAUAGCUAAAUAACGUAACUGAUGUCCUUUAGAUGUCUGCGUAAAGUAAGAACUUGAACGUUGAUGCUUCCAUUAGAUAUCCAACCAAAAACAUGAAAUCAAUCUGUUGAAGUUAAGGCUUAUGAAACGUUCGUGAUUAGAGUCAGAUACACAAUCCAAAUGCUACAAUAGCACAGUCGAUCAGUCGGCGUGUAUUCCUGCUGCCUUCUGCUUGCGCUGCUAGCCUGUGAACAGACAUGUGGGCAGUGUGGGCACUCAUGUGGCUCAGCGGGGCAUGGUCCAUCAUGUCCGCUUUAGGCUCGCCGGACCCGACGACCGAGCAAGAAGUGUCGGUGACGGUGGAGGGCGUGGAGGGCGACACGGCCGCCGUGCCCUGCGACCUCUUCCCGUCAGACCCCAAGGACAGAGUCAACCUCAUUCUUUGGUAUAAAGACGAAGAUAAGGAUCCCAUCUAUAGUUACGACGCCCGAAUGGCGGUGUUUACGAGUGAGCGGCAUCACUUGAAGGACCUCAGCCUCAAGGGACGCGUGUCUUUCACUCCAUCUCCAGGAGAGCCCAUCCCGCACACUCUAACACUCAGUCGACUUGUCGCUAGUGAUGCCGGGCGAUACACCUGUCGAGUCGACUUCAUGCUUGCUCAGUCCACCACCCGCGCCGCCCAGCUGAGGGUGGUGGCUCCGGUGGACUUACUGAUCAUCACCGACGGAAUGGGCCACCCCGUGCCACCCGUCCUGCCUCCAAUUCCAGAAGGGGGAACGCUCAAUAUCACGUGUACCGCGCGAGGAGGCCGGCCCUCGCCCAAGGUGUCCUGGUGGUUCGGCGACGCCGUCAUCGACGACUCGUGGGAAUCCGUAGCGGCGGGCGUCGUGUCCAACACGCUGGUGCUGACGCCCCUGACACGCGCGCAGGCACAUUCCGUUCUCACCUGCAAGGCCGCCACCGCGCCCGUGGCUGUCACCACCGCCACGGUCACCAUUGACAUGUACCUAAGACCAGUCUCGGUGACCAUCACCGGUCCAGCUGCGACCGGGUCGGUCCGGGCCGGGGACAUGCUGGACCUGACCUGCACGGCGCGUGGGUCAAGGCCGCAGCCCAUCAUCACCUGGUACAAGGGCGCGACGCUCAUCCGCACCGAGAACACAAACACGAAGGACGCCGUGACGGGCGUGGGCGGCGUGAGUCACGUGAGGGUGAAGGUGGACCGGCGAGACAACGGGGCGAGGAUCACCUGCCGAGCAACGAACCCCGACCUUCCGCGUCACAAUAUUCACGAACACAUCGUCAUCAACGUUACCUAUGCCCCCGAGGUUGAGCUCCGCAUGGGGGCGCAGCUGGAUGGCACGGUAGUCAAAGAGGGCGCUGGUCUUUACCUGACAUGCCACGUGGACGCCAACCCUCCUCCGCACCCGGUCACUUUCAUGCACGAGGACACGGAAGUUCGCCAGGACAAGGCUGCGGGAGUGAUGAUCAAUGGGAAUGAUUUGGUGCUCAGUAAAGUCAGAAAAACUCAAGCUGGCCAUUAUUACUGCAAAGCUACCAAUUCUGAGGGGAAUGGUGUUAGCCCGCCUGUUAAUAUAACCGUACGCUACGCCCCAGUGUGCGCCGAGGCCAAGGACGUGUGGGCGGAGCCGGGCAACACGGUGACCGCCCGGUGCCGCGUGAACGCCUCGCCGGAGGACUCGAUCUCGUUCUCGUGGGUGUGGGUCACCAAUUCGUACACCCGCCGCGUCAUUCCCUCGCACAUCACCUCCGAGGGCUCCGCGUCCAUGGUGGAGUUCACGGUGCCGCGGGACAACAUCACUGAGUUGGGAUCCAACAACAGGAUGGGUGCCUUGCAGUGCUGGGCCGAGAACUCCGUGGGCCGCCAGGACACGCCCUGCAUCGUCGCCGUCAGGAAGCCAGCCCUGCCGUCGGCCCCGGUGAACUGCAGCCUGACGGGCGCGGGGCGCGAGGUGGUCACCGUGAACUGCGAGCCGGGCGACCACCCGUCCAUGCCGCAGACCUACCUGCUGCAGAUCUACGAGACUAACACCAAGAAGCUCUACCGCAACGUCACCAGCAAAACGCCCAAGUUCAUCGUCCGCGGACUCACCUCCGGCCAGGACUACAUGGUGUACGUCUCGUCCCACACGUCCUACGGCAGGAGCCCCUACAGCCUCGUGGAAGCCUUCACCUUCAAGACCGCAGAGAACCGUAUGCCAGGAAGCAAGGACUCCAUGCCGCCUCUGUCCACCAUCAUCAUGUUCGUGUGUGGCGUCGGGGCCAUCGUCGUCCUGGUCAUCAUCAUCAUCACCGUUAUCAGACUCAAACUCAGGAAGCGAAGCCACAAGUGCGUGCGACGGACGGCCACGGCUACGGACUCCGAGAUCCCCAAGAACCUGAUUUCUGGUGAUAAGAAGUCUCCCGAGGCCAAGGAAGGACCCGCGGGCCCUGGGCUGGCGAAGCCCUCCCAGCGACCAACGAAGACCCUGCCUGAGACGAAGGAAGUUGUGCCCUUGCAGCCGAUAAUCAGGCAGCCCUCAAGGCCCCUGCAGCCAAUCAUUAAAGAAAACGGCCGGUCUGACAACGGAAAGAGCUCUCAGGGCCGGACCGUGCUGUUCGUUGAGCCGCCCAAGACGCAGACGGGCAUUCUCGUCAACAAGAACGAGGUUCCAAGAAACACGUACGACGCGUACCCAAGUCGCCGGGGGCAGAUGAAGGGCCCGAACGGGGACGUCCAGCACGGCGUGUACAGCUCGCGGGGAUCCUACUCCGACAACCUUCACACUCUACACCCCAGCCGAGGCGGCGACGGCAUGGGUUAUGUCGACCGGGAGCCGCCCAUGAGCAGGUAUCGGUCCACGCUCGACGACCGGGGCGACGCCGUGGACAUGAUGGACCCGCAGUACUCACCCAGUUCUUCCAACACACUCAGUAGGGACUCCGGCUACUGCUCCCUGCGCGGCACGCACAGGGGUAGCACGGGCGCCAUCGCCACGUCGCCGUACGCUUCCAGAGAGCAUAGUAGGGACCUCAUUAGGGACCAUUCCAGGGAUCUCGGUAGGGAUCAUCCCAGGGACCUCAGUAGGGACCAUAGCAGGGACCUUACUAGGGACCACAGCAGGGACUUAGGUAGGGACCUUAGCAGGGAUCACAGUCGGGACCUUAACAGGGACCUUAGUAGGGACCUUAGUAGGGAACAUAGCAGAGACCAUAGUAGAAGUCACAGCAGGGACCUAAGCAGGGAUCACCCGAGGGACCUAAGCAGGGACCUUAGCAGGGAUCAUAGCAGAGACUUAGGCAGAGAGCAUAGCAGAGAACUGGGCAGGGACCUUAGUAGGGACUUCAGUAGGGACAUGGUUAGGGAUCACAGUAGAGAGCUGGGCAGGGACAUCAGCCGGGACCACAGCCGAGACCUAGGCAGGGACCAGGGCCACGUCUUCACCUUCCCCUCCCGCGUGAACAGCAACGAGUACGAUUCCAUGAUAACGCGCUCGCCUCCGCCGGCAUCCUUCAUGAAGAAAUCACCCAGCGUGAGUGCCUCGGUGGGGCGGCACUACGACUUCCCCCCCCGCGGCCCUGAGAGCGGCACCUACCGCUCCCUGCCGCGGCCCAGCAAGCCCAGGGGCACCGAGGCGGAGACGCUGCUGAAGUACCGCUCUCUGGACAGACGCUUCGACCUGCCCUUCAGCGGGUCCCUGCAGAGGGUGGAGCCCGACUCCGGGGAGGAAACGCCGCCGCAGCAGCGUCGCUACAGCGGGUCCCCGCGCCUGCGGUUCGCGGACGAGAAGCACUUCCACGUGUAUCACGACAAAGAAAAAAAACAAGACGGCAUAGAUGAUAUGGACGAAAGUUUUGUAUGAAAUGUUUUAUGAGAUAUAUGUUUUUAUUCGUGUGUAUGUACUUUUACAUCUUUAAUGUAAGCCCAUGUUAGAACAAGUUAAUAAAACAAAAAAACAAAAGCAAAACAAGCCAAAA